AUCUUGCGAACGGCCAGCUAUUCAGCCGCUCUCUCGGAUACACUGUGCAGGAGAGUCCAAAGAGGAAUAUAUCUACAGAAGGAAGACAGCGCAACUCAUCGCCAGCGAUUCCUCAAACACAUCAUCAUUCGUCAAUACAGGGGCAGUCACCGCUUUUGUCGUCACUGUCAUCGACCCUGGUUCGGCAGACAUCAUCAGAGAUCUGGGCAUUAAGUAAUACAUUCCCUACCUCAUCCGUCAUUUCAAACACCGAUUUGAACAGCUUCAGAUCCGAGAAGUAGAGAGAUGCCGCUCAAACGGCCUAGCCCGGGACCGCAUCCCCUCGACCUCAAUCCUUACGAGAGGCUGCAAUUUGAGGAGAAGGAGAACAGGAGAUCGCAUAAUGAUACCGAUCAUCAUGCGACUCUCACAAGCCGUCAAGAAGGGCUCCGGCGCCGGGCAGCCUUAGGGGAAAAUGUCGACAUAUCAGCCGAUGGAGAAUCGAAGGAAGACGAGGGGUAUUCCGCCGAAAAAAGGAAUGACAGACUAUCGUCGCCUGAGGAUACCAAGACAGGGGAGGGAAAGGGGAAGAAGAGUCCGCUGAUGAGUAACUUGAAGUUGGAUGAUUUUAGGGAUACUUUGGAGGCUGGGAUUGAACGAAAGUUUGCGCCUCUACAUAUUCCUCCUCAUCGACGCCUACAGACAGCCGCUGUGGCUCUCUGGGCACUUCUCUUGCCAAUAUGCAUGAUUGUCCUCCUGUUAUUACUAUCACUUCCCCCAAUGUGGCUCAUCCUCAUACCCUACUUUAUUUGGAUAAGUUUUGACAGAGCGCCGAUUCAUGGAGGAAGGCCAAAGGAAUGGGCACGAAAAGGCUUCAUUUGGAAGUAUUUUGCUGAUUAUUAUCCUUGCAGUAUCGUGAAAGAAGCUGAACUUCCUCCAAACAGACCUUACCUUUUCGGCUACCACCCCCACGGUAUCAUCGGGAUGGGAGCAUUCGCUACCUUUGCCACAGAAGGCACAAACUUCUCCGAGUACUUCCCUGGUAUCAAACCCCAUCUCCUUACUCUUGGAUCCAAUUUUAAAAUCCCCUUCUAUCGGGAACUGCUCAUGAUCCACGGUUGCGGCUCAGUCUCUAAACGUUCUUGCGCCAAUGUCCUCUCCCAAGGUCCUGGUAGCGCCAUCGCCAUUGUCAUCGGCGGUGCUUCUGAGAGUUUGUCCGCACAUCCUGGCACGGCGGAUUUGACGUUGAAGAAAAGGUUUGGAUUUGUGAAAAUGGCGAUUCGGGAAGGGGCGGAUUUGGUGCCGGUUUUCUCAUUCGGCGAGAAUGACAUCUAUGCUCAAUUAGCUAAUGCUAAAGGGUCGAUGGUAUACAAGCUUCAGAAGAAGUUUGAGAAGGUCUUUGGUUUCACACUGCCACUAUUUUAUGGGCGAGGGUUAUUCAACUACAACUAUGGACUAAUGCCGUUUCGUCAUCCUAUCGUUUCUGUCGUUGGAAAGCCCAUUCAUGUCGAACGGGAUCCACAUCCAAGCGACGAAAAGGUGCAAGAGCUACAGAGCAAAUACAUUGCUGAGCUGACCCGUAUAUGGGACAAGUACAAGGACUUGUAUGCUCGAGGAAGGACGAAGGAACUCACUUUAGUAGAGUAAUGGGAGGUCGCAAGAUGUGAAUCUUGUUACAAAAACUAGUCCAGAGAGUUUUACUGUAAUUGGUUACAGUUGCCAUACUUCGAUUAAAUGUUAAGCAUCAUAUUAUGGAACGAUUGAGACGCUGGCGAGCUUUGAUUCCCUUCAUUUGCCGGAGCAUGGCCUGACUAUCUGAUGUAGAAGGCAAAGGGAGUCAGAUAG